CAGGGUCCAUCCUUUGUGCCAAUUGUAUGAACGCGUGCGGCGUAAACACAGCCAAAUCUUAUAUAACAUCAACACGUAACGAGCUUAUUUAAUAACAACUUUGCGUGCAGAGAGCAGCACAAGAAAGACAGAGUUUUAAUAGCAUAACAGCCAGCUAAGAUCAGCAUCAUGGCUUCUGAGAAGAAACAGACAGUGGAUCCUUCAUGGAAAGACAGUAUAACGAAGAAAGGUGAAUUUAAACGUCAUGCCUCGGUGUUCCGAAACUGGAUCACCGCUGACGGGGAGUUCCAGGCGGAGAAAGGCCGCUACCAUCUCUACGUCUCCCUGGCCUGCCCGUGGGCUCAUCGCACCCUUAUCUUUCGGAAACUGAAGGGGCUGGAGGAGGUCAUUGGAGUCACCGUCGUGGACUGGUUUCUCGGGGAUAAAGGAUGGUUUUUCUCUGACGAUAAACCAAAGACGUCGCUCGACACGGUUAAUAACUGUAAAACUUUGAGGGAAAUUUAUCAAAAAGCAAACCCGGAGUACGCAGGACGUGUGUCUGUGCCCGUCUUGUGGGACAAGAAAAAUAAGACUGUCAUCAACAAUGAAUCUUCGGAAAUCAUACGCAUGCUCAACAAGGAAUUCAACGCCUUCACAGCCACCAAGGACCAACAAGAGUUAGAUCUCUGCCCUGCGGAUCUGCUGAAAGAAAUCGACGAAGUCAACUCCUGGAUCUAUGACAACAUCAACAAUGGUGUGUAUAAAUGCGGCUUUGCAACAACCCAGGAAGCUUACGACGAUGCUGCUGUAAAGGUCUUUGCCGCUCUUGAUAGAGCCGAGGAGGUGCUAUCCAAAUCCCGGUACCUGUGUGGAGAUAGACUGACAGAAGCCGACAUCCGACUCUUCACUACCCUCAUAAGGUUCGACACUGUCUACGCCCAUCAUUUCAAGUGCAACAAGAAGCGGAUCGUUGACUACCCGAAUCUCUGGGGCUUUACACGUGAUAUCUUCCAGACUCCAGGAGUAAGUGAGACUGUAGAUCAAGAACACAUCCAGAAACACUAUCAAAUGAGCCAUGAAAGUAUUAACCCUACUCGCAUUGUGGCUAUCGGACCUGAUCUCGACUUCGAGAGUCCACACGGCAGAGAUAUCAAAUUCCAGAAAUAGGCUGGAAUUUCGUUUUCACGUAGGUUUCACAACCGUUUACGGUUGUUUUCCAGUUUAAAUGCUAUAUGGUAACCUCCCACCCCCCCCCCCCCAUUUUUUUCAAUGGCAAGUUGUGAAAGGAUUUUGUAAAUAUUUUUUUUAAGAAACGAUCCAGACAGAACAGGAAUUAUCCUUUUUGAUUCAGUCGAAAUAAAGAUACUGCAAUUUGCAGAUGACGCAACAUUUUUUGUUAAAGACACAAAAUCUUUAAAGAAAGCUAUAAAGCAGAUAGAACAUUUCGGUUUAUUUUCUGGUUUAGAGCUGAAUAAAUCAAAGAGUUCCGUAGUUAACAUAAAUUGAGACACCAUUGGUGAAAACAUUUAUGGCAUUCCAUGGACCUACUCUGAUGUUAAAAUAUUUGGGGUUCAUUUUGGGAAAAAUGAACAAAACCUAAUAAAUCUUAAUUGGAAACCCAAAAUAUAACUUUUUCUGGUAAAAUAACUAUAAUCAAAUCAUUUCGUGUUUCUCAAAUUAUGUACAAUGCUCAAAUGAUUUCCAUGCCGGAAAAUGUAAUGAAACUCAUUGAUUCUUUACUUUAUACAUUUUUGUGGAAUGGAAAAAAGCACAACAUAAAAAGAAAAGUGGUUUGUAUGAGUAAUGAGUAUGGAGGUUUAAAAAUGGUUGAUUUGAAUAUUCUGUUACAAAGUUUUAUAUUAAAGUGGAUAUUGCACUAUUCUCCCACGAAAACUCAAAGUGGAAAAAGAUAAUUGAUGGUUUCUUUAAAAAAGUGGGCAAUUUACAAUACGUGUUAAAUAGUAAAUGUACAAAAGAUGAUAUGAAGUUUUGUUUAAAGAAUAUAAAAAUGCCCCAAUAUUACAAGAAUAUGGUAUAUACUUGGUUUGACUUUAAAGAGAUAGUAGAAAGUAAGACGCCAAUUGAUUUUCAAUGUACUAAUGUUAGAAGUGAAAACAUAUGAUUCAACUCAAAUAUAAGAGAUCAUAACAAAAAUGUAUUAUUUAUUAAAAAAUGGUUCGAUGUAGGCCUUUUGAAAAUUAA